GGCAGAUGUAUACGGAAGUACCUUGCGACCAAUCAACAAAUAUUCCCGUUGGCACCUAGGUUCUCCGCUAGAUGGCGAUAAAACCACGGGAAAAAAGAACCACAUAAGACACUUGAAAGUAACAGAAGCGGUUAUCACUGAAGUUGAACAACAACGUGACAUUUGAAAGAAAAUACAUUUAAAAAAUGUAUGAUUUUGAGUCAUUUCUGUCCUGCGAAACAGAUGACCAAAAGCUGGAGAAUGAGUCAGUGAACCAAGCCAUCGUCGAGAAUCCAGUGACUUUCCAUUGUGGACAAUGCAACACCGUGUGGGCUGAUUCCCGAGGGGUCUGUGGAGAGGCGACAUCCGUCAACUCUCUCAUUUGUCUUGGUGAGUUACUUCAUUGCAUCUAGAUAGCUAAUUAGGUGUUCAAUGUUUUUGCUAACAAGAAAUCGUGACCAAUGAUUUAUAUACACACUAGAUGACUGUUGGGGGCGCUGUGUUGAACCCACUGUGCCGCCAUCUUGGCACUACCUCACCGGUGUAACAAAAUAUUUUGGAAGCUAUCCACCUCAUUUUCAUUUUCUGCUAGCUGAUACAUCCUGAAGAAAAUACACGAUAUUACUGGCCUGCUAAUAUGCCUGGACCUUGUAGGCUAAACUGCCGUGUGAAAAAGCCCAUAACUGAUCCAAAUGGUUGCCCAAUCAGGCAUGCAGUUAUUUCGAAAUGAAUAUACAUUCAAAACGCCAAAAUCACUUAGGCUAUUCACUGCAGUUUACAGCCUAGACUAAAGUUUUGUACCCACUUGAUAACAAUAAUAACAUUCAUCAUUACAUUGUGUUGUUGUAGCCUAGGUAGGAUACAUUUCUUGUCCCUAAAUAAAUAACUGAAACAAUAGGGUAGCUUUUCGAGCUGCUACCCAGGGACAAUAUCACAUUGAGCUUGUGAAUUAUGGCCUAAUAUGCAUACUCUUCUCACUUAGGCUAUAGUCUACACGUCGAGCCUGUCUGUCUUUGUUCUGUUGCGCAAUUACGCACCUGGCCUCUCCACUGCAACGGCUAUUCCAAUUAAAUCUUGUAGAGGCCCAGGAAAAGCCAGACUACAAAAGCUUGUUGGACACUUAUUUCGACUUUCUUUAGCCUAUUAGACGAGAGAUGCACGCUUGCUGGAUGUAAAAUAGGCUACAGCAUUAAGAACGGGCAGGGUAGUUGGAAAGGAGAAGCCCAUCUUUUCCAAUAGUCCAAUCUUAACACUGGGCUACAUCCUGACAAAAUACAUAAUAUGAGUGGCCUGCUAAUGUACCUUUCUUUACCAGCGAUUACAGCCUCAAGUUUUCUUGGGUAUGAUGCUACAAGCUUGGCACACCUGUAUUUGGGGAGUUUCUCCCAUUCUUCUCUGCAGAUCCUCUCAAGGUCUGUCAAGUUGGAUGGGGAGCGUUGCUGCACAGCUAUUUUCAGGUCUCUACAGAGAUGUUAGAUCGGGUUCAAGUCCGGGCUCUGGCUGGGCCACUCAAGGACAUUCAGAAACUUGUCUCAAAGCCACUCCUGCGUUGUCUUGACUGUGUGCUUAGGGUUGUUCUCCUGUUGGAAGGUGAACCUUCGCCAAGUCUGAGGUCCUGAGCGCUCUGGAGCAGGUUUUCAUCAAGGAUAUCUCUGUACUUUGCUCCGUUCAUCUUUCCCUCGGUCCUGACUAGUCUCCCAGUCCCUGCAGCUGAAAAACAUCCCCACAGCAUGAUGCUGCCAUCACCAUGCUUCACCGUAGGGAUGGUGCCAGGUUUCCUCCAGAUGUGACACUUGGCAUUCAGGCCAAAGAGUUCAAUCUUGGUUUCAUCAGACCAGAGAAUCUUGUUUCUCAUGGUCUGAGAGUCCUUUAGGUGCCUUUUGGCAAACUCCAAGCGGGCUGUCAUGUGCCUUUUACUGAGGAGUGGCUUCCGUCUGGCCACUCUACCAUAAAGGCCUGAUUUGGUGGAGUGCUGCAGAGAUGGUUGUCCUUCUGGAAGGUUCUCCCAUCUCCACAGAGGAACUCUUGAGCUCUGUCAGUGUGACCAUCGGGUUCUUGGUCACCUCCCUGACCAAGGCCCUUCUCCCCGAUUGCUCAGUUUGGCCGGGUGGCCAGCUCUAGGAAGAGUCUUGGUGGUUCCAAACUUCUUCCAUUUAAGAAUGAUGGAGGCCACUAUGUUCUUGGCCUUUCAAUGCUGCAGACAUUUUUUGGUACCCUUCCCCAGAUCUGUGCCUUGACACAAUCCUGUUUCGGAGCUCUACGGGCAAUUCCUUCGACCUCAUGGCUUGGUUUAUUUCUCUGACAUUACAUUUUAGUCAUUUAGCAGACGCUCUUAUCCAGAGCGACUUUACAGUUAGUGAGUGCAUACAUUUUUUUUUUCAUGCACUGUCAACUGUGGGACAUUUAUUUUUACAUAUAACAAAAACAUUUUAGUCAUUUAGCAGACGCGCUUGUCCAGAGCUACUUACAGUUAGUGAGUGCAUACAUUUUCAUACUGGCCCCCCGUGGGAAACGAACCCACAACCCUGGCAUUGCAAGCGCCAUGCUCUACCAAUUGAGCUACAGGGGACUACAUGGGACCUUUUAUAUAGACCGGUGUGAGCCUUUCCGAAUCAUGUCCAAUCAAUUGAAUUUACCACAGGUGGACUCCAAUCAAGUUGUACAAACAUCUCAAGGAUGAUCAAUGGAAACGAGUCUCAUAGCAAAGGGUCUGAAUACUUAUGUGGUAUUACUGUUUUUUAUUUUUUAUAAAUUUGCAAACAUUUCUAAAAACCAGUUUUCGCUUUGUCAAUAUGGGGUAUUGUGUAGAUUGAUGAGGAAAAAACAUAAUUUAAUCAAUUUUAGAAUAACGCCGUAACCAAAUGCGGAAAAAGUGAAGGGGUCUGAAUACUUUCCGAAUGCACUGUCGUCUCAAACUGAUCCAAAUGGUUGCAUAAAUCAGGCCUAGGGUGUAGGCCUAUUCAGUUAUUUCGGCAUGAAACGAAGCAGGAUGUUUGAGCGGUUAUUCAAAUUAGCCUGCAUCCCCGCAUUUUAAAGCUUAUGGACAAUAAUUGUGUACUCACUUGAUAUUGUGUACUCACUUGAUAUUGUGUUCUCACUUGAUAUUGUGUACUCGCUGUGUUGUAGAUAUAAUUAUUUUUCUUGUCUGCAAAGCUAGGCCUGUUAACUCUUGACACAACCAGUAGUGUGUCAACUGCUAAAUGAUGUAAAUGUAAAUGUGCUACGGGUAAAAUUACUGGGGAAGCCAGAUAAAAAAAUUAUACAAAAGUAUGUGGACACCCUUUCAAAUUAGUGGAUUCGGCUAUUUCAGCCACACCCGUUGCUGACAGGUGUAUAAAAUUGAGCACACAGCCAUGCAAUCUCCAUAGACAAACAUUGGCAGUAGAAUGGCCUUACUGAAGAGCUCAGUGUCUUUCAACGUGGCACCGUCAUAGGAUGCCACCUUUCCAACAAGUCAGUUCGUCAUAUUUCUGCCCUGCUAGAUCUGCCCCGGUCAACUGUAAGGGCUGUUAUUGUGAAGUGGAAACGUCUAGGAGCAACAACGGCUCAGCCGCGAAGUGGUAGGCCACACAAGCUCACAGAACGGGACAGCUGAGUGCUGAAGUGCGUAGUGCGUAAAAAAAUCGUCUGUCCUCGGUUGCAACAAUCACUACCGAGUUCCAAACUGCCUCUGGAAGCAACGCCAGUACAAGAACUGUUCGUCGGCAGCUUCAUGAAAUGGGUUUCCAUGGCCGAGCAGCCACACACAAGCCUAAGAUCACCAUGCGCAGUGCCAAGUGUCGGCUGGAGUGGUGUAAAGCUCGCCGCCAUUGGACUCUGGAGCAGUGGAAACGCGUUCUCUGGAGUGAUGAAUCAUGCUUCACCAUCUGGCAGUCCGACAGACCAAUCUGGGUUUGGCGGAUGCCAGGAGAACGCUACCUGCCCCAAUGCAUAGUGACAACUGUAAAGUUUGGUGGAGGAGGAAUAAUGGUCUGGGGCUGUUUUUCAUGGUUCAGGCUUGGCCCCUUAGUUUCAGUGAAGGGAAAUCUUAACACUACAGCAUACAUUCUAGAUGAUUCUGUGCUUCCCACUUUGUGGCAACAGUUUGGGGAAGGCCUUUUCCUGUUUCAGCAUGACAAUACCCCCGUGCACAAAGCGAGGUUCAUACAGAAAUGGUUUGUCGAGAUAGGUAUGGAAGAACUUGACUGGCCUGCACAGAGCCCUGACCUCAACCCCAUCGAACACCUUUGGGAUGAAUUGGAACGCAGACUGCGAGCCAGGCCUAAUCGCCCAACAUCAGUGUCCGACCUCACUAAUGCUCUUGUGGCUGAAUGGAAGCAAAUCCCUGCAGCAAUGUUCCAACAUCUAGUGGAAAGCCUUCCCAGAAGAGUGGAGGCUGUUAUAGCAGCAAAGGGGGGGACAUUUACAUUUUACAUUUUAGUCAUUUUAGCAGACGCUCUUAUCCAGAGCGACAUACAGUUAGGGAGUGCAUACAUUUUCAUACGACCAACUCCAUAUUAAUGCCCAUGAUUUUGGAAUGAGAUGUUCGACGACCAGGUGUCCACAUACUUAUGGUCAUGUAGUUUAUGUGUCGUGAUAAUUGCGUUGUUUGCUCUAUAACCUGUUAGUUCAUGUGCCUUGCGACUGUGAUAUAUAGGCCUAAAGGCCGAGACAAUAAGAAGACACACCUUUUUGUUUCAUCACAAAACCGGAGAGCAACCGCUAUCUGGUGAGGUACAUGAAGCGUAGGCCUUAUUGCAUGUAACAAACAGUUACGUGACCUACAGCAUGGUCAAGCAAGUUCAUGUUUUCAGACCACUGGACAACUAUUGAUUUUAGAACCACGGACAGUUACCGCAGGUCGCAGAGAAAACAGGAGCUGCCGCCACUAUUCCUGCCCCAUUACAACUUCAAAUAAGAUGUACAGUGACAACUAAAAGAUAACAAAAACUAUUUAGUCCAAUCAACGUAAGCUAAAUAUGAUGUGGCUGUCCAUGGUUUUGAUUUGUGUGUGCGCGUGCGUUCAUUCAAGUAGAAAAACAUGUCGACCAGUGGCGGCUCCUGAAAAAAUUCUCAGGGGGGGCAAUUUUUCUGAUGAUUUAGGUGACCUACACACAUUUUUAAAAAGAUAUGUCCAGCAACAACAUGAAGACAGGGGCAGCAUAUAAGUCAAUACCAGAAGCAUUUAUUGACUGAUCUCAAAAGUGUUGGCUUACAAAAUCAAAAUAAGUUAUCACAGUAAAAAUAAUCAAGGGUGUUCUUUCACAUUCCUCAACACUGCAUAAACAAUAUGCAUUUCCAUAAACAAAUGAAAUAUCAGCUGAAAAUACAGCAUCUUGGUAUUUGUUCAGAUUGCAGGAUCAACAAGAGCUUUUACCACAUUUUUUGCCUCAUGGUUGAAUUGGAAAUAUGUGCACCUGAGCAUAAUUCACAACAAGCAAGCAGGAGCUUUUGAUAGAGGCUACUGAAAACAUUGAUGCAAGUUAUUGGUAAUAAGACAUUUUUAUAGACUUCCAUAUUCUGCCCUCUUGUAUAGAUUUGUGAAAAUGAACAGUGAUAGACAUUUUGCCUGAAAACAGAAUUUGAAAGUAAUUUCUAGAAAAGGUAAACACAGCUAUCUGUAUGGCUUUGUAAAAAUGAACAACCAUAUUCUGGCCAGAGAAAGAGAACCUUUCUUUGGUGUGAUCCAGGAUGGUGUUGCAGACCUCUUCAGACAGCCUCUGCUUCUCCUCUUCUCUCAAAGCUGUUCUGGGUCUUUUGGCUCCUGUUGCUUCUUGCAGCUGCUGUUGAGAGGAGUCCCUGAAGGCAAACAGACCAAUGUGUUUGUUGGCUUUGUACAGUAUUGUUGUCUAUGUGAUGCACAGGUAUAUGCAAUGUAUCCAUGUAUAGUACAAAUACUUCAGUUCCACUUAAAAUGGGCAGGGAUGCAUAAAGUCUUUAGUGUUUAAGUUAGCCUUUGUGUCUCACAUAGCCUGGAUGUUCAGCACAGUAUACAGUGGUGCUCAUAAGCUUAUGAUCCCAUGCUAAAGUUGACUAAAAAGAGGAAUCAAAAAGAAAAGAAAAUUGGUGUCCUUAAAGGUUGGAUUUUCUAACUUUUUUAAUUAAGUCAUUAAGAUCAAUUUCCAAAAGAUGAUUUUUUUUAUUUUUUUAUUCCUCUUUUUAGUCAACUUUAGAAUGUGUUCAUACACUUAUGAGCACCACUGUACAGUACACAUAGUAUAUAAAAUAAGCUAGAUUACACCACUGGCCAUAUAUAAUGAGAAUAAUGUCAUUUCAAACACAAAUGCAGUCUCCUUUCAUGCAUACAUUUUCAAAUAAAGCUCUGCUUUGAGAAAGAUCGAAUGAUAUUGUUUAAUCUUACCUUAUGGCCUGCACACUGCUUGUGAAGCUGUCGAGGGCACGUUUGAUAAAGACAGCAUCGAUGUCCUUCUUCUGUAGCUUCUGGUACAGAAUGUCGACGUGGGGCAUGAUUUUGUGAAAAAGCAGCAGGAAAAAAAUAAAAUCUUCAUCAUGUAGCAUCCUCACGUAGCCAGAUGCCUCUCUCACGGUGGGCUGGUCAAAUGAACCCAAUGAACCCGUCCGAAUGGCUUCAAAACAUUCUAUGAGGUCGUCUCGAUUCUCGUAGACAGUGUUCACGACUCUGCUUAGUAGAAACCUGUUGAAUUAUUAAAUUUGGUCUGGGAGGUCCUAAUUGUUUCGUUGCCAAUUUAUCUUGAUUUGUUCGCCGACAAAAAGGAACUUCUUUCAAAGAGACAAUCGAGUUGCACUGAAGGCUAGCCAUUUUGACAGUAGUAGUGAAUUGAUUGAUGAGGCUACCCGCUCUUUUCUUAGUUACGUUCAUGGUUAUGUUACGUAUGACGAAAGCGCGUAAGUGCAAGCCCUCAGAAACCCAUAGAGAUUGUAUUGAAAGCUCUGAUAUUUGAAAAAAAUUGAUUUUACAUUAGAGGCUAUGAGAGACUUCUGGGCGAUUUUCAACCUGACUGAAAUCGCCCCAAAACGGGCGGGGACAUUUGAAGCACGACUUUAGCCUGAUUGGACAUUUAGUGGCAGAUCAGACGUCUAGAUUAGAACACUGAUAACUACUGUUGCCGUGAUAUAAUUGAUUAGGAAAAAAAUCCCUUCCUUUUCCCGUUUGGCAGUGUGUCGCCCAUAUCGCCCUAAUGAACACACCGCCCCUGAUGUCGACUCACCCUACUUGUAGAGAAACGCCAUCCUCCUCUCUUUCAUGUUGACGAAACGGUCUACGACUCUGUCAUACAGUACACGCUUUUAUUUUUUGUUGUCCUAGGCAACCUGGCUAAAAUUCUUGCUCGCUAGCCUAACUUCCUUUCAUGGGCAAUGUUAGCUAGCAAACAUUAGCCUUGGACAUCUAGUUAUACAGUAUAUUGAACUACCAUCCUCUCAGUCCAGGGGCACAAUGGAUUCAUUAAUGGUUGGAUCAGGAGCGCCAUUAUAAUCAUUGGCCAGUACAGAGAAUUAAGUAAAACCACAAGUCCAAAUCCCUAUCUCCAUCCAUGGCUAAUUUAGGAAAGGGCCAAUAAAAAAAAGAUGUCAAUGAGGUAUGCUCUUGACGCGAUUUGAUAGGAGUGAAGCUAAAUCCAAACUGGCUUCCCUUGACACUUUUUUAGUGCAUCAGGACCAUUCACAGUUUAGCUCAAAGCUGAUUGGCUAUUAUUUUAUACAUUUCUUUUUAUCAAGCGAGGCCAAAUGCUCGCUGGCUUCCCUUGCAUUCAACGCUACGGGCGCAAACAAUUUCAAACUCUUUUGGACCAGACAGCAUCAGAUAGAUGGCCUACAAAUACAGACAGAGAGGGGGCGCUGUUUCGCUUGCUCGGAUGCUUUCUGCAGUGAGAUACGUUCAGCCUCUUGCGAAAUGAAUGACAAUUAUGAAAUCCAUAGACACUAAAUAUUUGGCAUUCAUGAAUACACGCCACUGGACACGAACACAACUAACGUUAUUAUCACAACGGAACUAGCCUACUAGUAGGUCUAGCUAACGUUAGCGAACUUGAAUUUAUAUUAAUAUAAAAUUACACUUCCUACUUGUUUACUUGACUUUGACUCCUUCAAAUAAUUUACUGUGGCAAGUUUGCCACAGGAAGUAAAAGCAGAAGUCGAAUCCAUGACUUCCAUUGUUUGGCUGUGCCCGUAGCAAAGUCAGAAAAUGAGGUGAGGAAGUACGGGUGCUGACCGUGCUGCAGCGCUCCCAGAAAAAUCGGAUAGAAAAUCCAAAUAAAAUCACGAAAGUAAUGAAUGGGACUUUACUAGUCCUGUAUUAGCGGACCGAUACGGCCAUCUGUAGCACGGUCACAAACAAUUUUUUUUUUUUUAUCAGCAAAAAUACUUAAAUACAUGUCAUUUUGUCCUUCAAACAUUUUAAUUGAAAUACUGUAGAAUUCCAUUCAUACCUAUGGAGGACUGCUCCUACUGGGGAGUUCCAAUAUGGCCGACCGGUGGCUUCAAAGCCUCUCAAUGGCCAAUAAAUAGCAUCAGCAAUCCAGGGUUUAUAUACAUCAUUGGUCGUGAAGAGGAGCACACAAACCCCAUCAAUUUGAACAUAAAAACACAUUUCAUCAACAGCCUGAGACCUCAUGGAUAAUCCUACCUUUGCUACCAAUGUAGCGAUUUUAGAUGAAAUGGCUUGAGUGGGCACUGGGGCUUGAACCAGCAACCCUGUGGUUACAUCCUGACCUGUGCCAUUAAAGUCCCGACCUCUUGGCAGAGGCAGUAUGGAUAGAGGAUGGGAUGCACUUGGGAUAAAGCUUUUGUAAUGAUGUCAUCUCUUUUCAGAGGUAACCCAAGAUGUGACCAUCAAUGGUGAACGGGAGUGGAGCUUGGAUGGUCGGUUCGGUGCAUGGUAUGAUCAAUGUGCAAUGUUUUACUACAAAUACACACCGAGUAUACCAAACAUUAGGAACACCUUCCUAAUAUUGAGUUGCACCCCCCCCCCCUCCCCACCACCCUUUGCCCUCAGAACAGCCUCAAUUCGUCAGGGGAUGGAGUCUACAAGGUGUCAAAACCAUUCCACAGGGAUGCUGGCACCAUGUCGACUCCAAUGCAUUCCCACAGUUGUGUCAAGUUGGCUGGAUGUCCUUUUGGGUGGUGGACCAUUCUUGAGACACCCGGGAAACUGUUGAGUGUGGGAAAACCCAGCAGCGUUGCAGUUCUUUACACAAACCGGUGCGCCUGGCUCCUACUACCAUACCCCGUUCAAAGGCACUUAAAUCUUUUGUCUUGCCCAUUCACCCUCUGAAUGGCACACAUACACAAUCCAUGUCUCAAGGCUUAACAAUCCUUAUUUAACCUGUCUCCUCCCCUUCAUCACUUGUUAAAGAGGAUUUAACAAGUGACAUCAAUAAGGGAUCAUAUCUUUCACCUGGUCAGCCUGUCGUGGAAAGAGCAGGAGUUCUUAAUGUUUUGUAAACUGUGUGUGUGUGUGUGGCCCCGUCCAGAAGAUAUUUCAGAUGUCAUCAAACCCUUUCCCCCCCCCCCCCCAUGUUAGUGUGUACAACACUCUCCGUUGCUCCGGCUGUGUCUGCCGCAUGGGGGUUGUCCUCCACUCAACACCACAGCACCUGUCUGCUCUGCGCAACCUCUUUCUCCUCAAGAAAGACAAAAUGUACUGGUAAGUAGGAAACACGGUUACCUUUAUUUUAUUUUUUUUGUUACCAACGCUAGUCAUCGUUGGUUUACCUGCCAUAUGACAGGGAUAGCUGUCAGAAUAUAUGUUUAUUUCUUCCCCCCACCCUGUUUAGUUACAUUUUCAGCAGUGGCCAAAUGGUGAAAGCCUCUACACUCAACUUUGGUGUAACACCACUAGGAGAAGGUAUAAGUGAGGUAAGAAGACAACUUGCGUUCUUCUUUACUCUGCACGUUGACACCCAUCAUAUUUCCACGAUAGUAGUCAAAUCAUGUUUAGCCUCUAGCCAUGAAUGCUAUUUUGAACUAAUGCUAAUUCCAGUGAAAGAUUUCCUUCAGGGUUGGGGUCAAUUCAGGAAAUAAAACUGCAAUUUCAAUUCUGUAAUUGGGGAGAAGAAAAAAAAGAUAAUCUCAAUAAACUGAAAAUCAUAAUAACUUCCUGAAUUAACUGCCUGCGAUUCAAAUUGACCCCAACCCUGGCCCUGUCUCGUCCGUUCUUCCUGCCAGCUGACGCAACUGAUCCAGGAAGUGGAAAGUAACCUUGACAAUGUGUCAGCCGUGAUGGACGACACCCGCACGAAUGACGCGACCUCGUCUGUCCAGUAGUCAAGCUGAUCCCACACGACCAGCCUGUUCUGUUUGACAACCCUCCAUCAACUGGACUUUAUUCUCUUGUUCCGUGUUCUCUGUUUUUGAAGUGCCUUUUUGUAGCCUGGUUGUGCCAUCAUGCCAAAAAACCAGCUCAGAAUAAUUUGACUAAAUAAGAGGACGUUCCUAUGUGUGGGUGUGCUGUUCCACCAAAAUUGACAAUUUUAGAGUGAAAAUGGGAGUUCCCUCCUUGAGAUAAUGUUCAAAAGUAGCUACCUCGUAUUCUACUGUUCAAUGUGUUUGCCUCAGUUUAUGCUAAACUAUACUUUAUAAAUGUUUACUAAUGUGACAUGGCACCUUGUGUGUGUGUGUGUUCAGAUAUUAAAACUUAUGUAAACCAAUAAACGUCUCAAUUGCAUACUUCUAUGACCAUGUUGCAUCUUUGUAAAGCCCUGCGCUAU